UGCUCUUUAGGAAUCAUGAGACCUAUGUCAUCAACGUAUCUGACAUGUAAAGGUGGACGGAAGGAGAGAGAUUCAAAAAUGGAUAUUUCAAGAUCCUGCAUUACAAUGUCUGCAAGGAUCGAAGAGAGGGGAGAGCCCAUAGGAGCACCAAAGAACGGCGGCGCCAAGGACGGCUACGAUAUGAAUCUCGGCCCGGCUUGGCAAAAGGGUUACACCGGCAAGGGCGUCGUUGUUUCGAUUCUGGACGACGGCAUUCAAACGAAUCAUCCCGAUCUGGCGCUCAACUACGAUCAUCAGGCCAGCACGGACAUCAACGACAACGACGACGAUCCGAUGCCGCGGGACAACGGCGACAAUAAGCACGGCACUCGAUGCGCCGGCGAAGUAGCGGCCGUCGCCUUCAACCAGUAUUGCGGAGUUGGCGUCGCGUAUAAUGCCAGUAUCGGAGGCGUGCGAAUGCUCGAUGGCCCGGUAAACGACGCCGUCGAGGCCAGAGCGCUGGGAUUGAAUCCUGAUCACAUCGACAUAUACAGCGCCUCCUGGGGUCCCGAGGACGACGGCAAGACCGUCGACGGUCCCGGCCCUCUCGCCAGGAGAGCGUUUAUUUACGGAGUGACGAGCGGCCGCAAAGGUAAGGGCUCGAUCUUUGUCUGGGCAUCUGGUAACGGUGGCCGACACACCGACUCGUGCAACUGCGACGGUUACACAAACAGCAUCUUUACGCUUUCGAUAUCGAGCGCGACCCAAGGCGGCUACAAGCCGUGGUAUCUCGAGGAGUGCAGCUCCACCCUGGCGUCGACGUACUCGUCCGGCACACCCGGCAACGACAAGAGCGUCGCAACCGUGGACAUGGACGCGAAGCUGCGUCCCGAUCACAUCUGCACGGUGGAGCACACCGGGACGUCCGCCUCGGCGCCGUUGGCUGCCGGUAUCGCCGCCCUCGCUCUCGAAGCGAAUCCCAGCCUAACCUGGCGAGAUAUGCAGUACCUGGUGGUGCUCACCUCGAGAUCCGAGCCGCUCAGCAACGAACCCGGUUGGAUUCUAAACGGCGUGAAGAGAAAGGUAUCCCAUAAGUUCGGUUACGGUCUGAUGGACGCGGGCGCAAUGGUCAAUCUUGCCGAGCAGUGGACCAACGUGCCGCCCCAGCACAUCUGCAAGUCCGACGAGAUAAACGAGGAGAGACCGAUUGAUCCCACGUACGGAUACACACUGAGCGUUUACAUGGAUGUUACCGGAUGCGCCGGAUCAUUGAACGAGGUCCGAUUUUUGGAGCACGUGCAGUGCAAGGUUUCCCUGAGAUUCUUCCCUCGAGGGAAUUUGAGGCUUUUACUGACAUCACCGAUGGGCACAACCUCAACCUUACUGUUCGAACGACCGCGCGACGUACUCAGCUCCAACUUCGAUGAUUGGCCUUUCCUCAGCGUACACUUCUGGGGCGAAAAAGCGGACGGUCGGUGGACCCUGCAGAUCAUUAACGCGGGGAACCGACACGUCAAUUCACCAGGCAUACUGAAGAAGUGGCAAUUGAUCUUCUACGGCACAUCGACGAACCCGAUCCGGAUACGCACACGGCAAUUUAAUCCGGUACAUGUUCCGUACCUACCCUCCUAUUCCGUGCAAUAUCCGUCCACGGUAGAUGAUCGCUUACAAUUGUCCGGUUAUCCGGGCAACAGCGACUUCUUUUCUUCGUCUACCUUUCAGAAUUACCAGGGCCAAUUCGCAGCCGCCGCGUCGAACAUACAGGCGUCCGUGGCGACGUUGGACGGUUCAUCGGCGCCGCUUUUGACGAAUCGUCUGCCCGGCGACGUUCCGUCAUCCGCUUUUGACUCGCCCUCGAUGGCGUCACAAGCGGAUGGCACUCUAGAUACCACCAGAAGGAUAUUACACGACUGUGAUCCUCAGUGCGACGCUCAAGGAUGCUACGGCAAGGGCCCGACCCAGUGCGUCGCGUGUAAAAAUUAUCGUCUCGAUAACACGUGCGUAAGUCGCUGUCCGCCAAGAAGCUUCCCGAAUCAGGGUGGCGUCUGCUGGCCGUGUCACGAGUCCUGCGAGAUUUGCGCGGGAGCCGGUCAGGAUUCCUGUCUAUCGUGCGCGCCCGCUCAUUUGCGCGUCACCGAUCUCGCAGUUUGUCUCCAGCAAUGUCCGGAAGGCUACUAUGAAAAUACCGAGAACAGCACGUGCGUGCCGUGCGAAGCCAAUUGCGCCAGCUGCCAGGACAGACCGGACAAAUGCACCAGCUGCGAACAUCACUUGGUGAUGCACGAGAACAAGUGUUAUGCCGCGUGUCCAUCUUACACGUACGAGACGCAGGACUACAACUGCGCGCAGUGCCAUCCUACCUGCGAGACUUGCAACGGCACAGCCGAGGACCAAUGCAUCUCCUGCCGAUCCGGAUUGUUUGCUUUGAACGGCACGUGUCGCAGCUCGUGCCCGGCGGGUUACAGCGCCGACAAGAAGCGGCGCGAGUGCGUGGCGUGUCCGCCCGGUUGUGCGUCCUGCGCCACGCUGAGCUGCACCAGUUGCAUCGACGGCUGGAGUUUGAACAAAAAGGGUCUGUGCGCGCCCGAGAGUCGCAGCAAGUGCAACACAGGCCAAUACUACGAGGAAGGACGGUGCAAAUCUUGUCACUCGUCCUGCGAGACCUGCGCCGGUUCCACGGAGAAUCACUGCAUAUCCUGUCCGAAUCCGUUGCUGCUUCAGGGCAAACGUUGCGUUUCCCAAUGCGACGACUCGUAUUACUCCGUGGUUCAACCCUCGAGACCGGUUUGCGUUCCCUGUUUGCACACUUGCAAGAGCUGCGUGUCCCGAUUGAACUGCACGGCCUGUCAAGACGGACUGCAGCUGCAGAGCGGAGAAUGCAGAUCAUCGUGCGCCUCAGGUUAUUACAGCGACAGAGGUCAGUGCGCCAAGUGUUACUUGUCGUGUAAAACGUGCUCGGGACCCAGAAGAGAUCAGUGCGUAACCUGUCCGAGAGGCUGGCAACUGGCUGCCGGCGAGUGCCAUCCGGAGUGUCCAGAAGGCUUCUUCAAGUCCAACUUUGGUUGCCAGAAGUGUCAUCAUUACUGUCGCACGUGCAAAGGCGAGGGCCCGCUGGAAUGCACAUCUUGUCCACCUCACUCGAUGCUGGAGGGUGGAUUAUGCAUGGAGUGUCUGGGCGCGCAAUACUACGAUCCGCUAACGCAGCUCUGCAAGAGCUGCCAUACCGAGUGUCGAAGAUGCACUGGCCCCGGCAAGUUCAGCUGCGCCGCGUGCUCGCCUCCGCUUCAUCUGGACAAACUGAACAACCAGUGCGUGCCUUGCUGUACGGGCAACGAGAAGGGACCGGAGGCUGAAGAGUGCUGUCUUUGUGAUCCGGAAACAGGCGGUUGUAGAAACAGUUCACCAGCUGGUAAGAGGAGAGUACCGGGCACGGAGUUUUCCGCCGACGCGGCAAAUUUAGAAGCAUACAAAAACUACGGCAUGACAAACAGUAACAACGAUUCAGGUUCGCUUGCCGUAACAGCAGCCACGACCAUGGCGGUUGCCAUUUGUUUAGCAUCGGUCGCGUUGUUCGCAACAAUAUUCGUUGCUCUUCAGACCUGGUCCGGUAGAAAGGAGGCUAAUAUGGGAUACACGCAGCUUGCCGUAAAGGUGGAACCAUCCGAAGAAGCGGACACGGAUGACGCGACGGAGCUGAUGACCUAGACCUAGUUAGCGACGACGUAGCUGAUGACCUCUUGCCGAAGAGUCGCAGAAAGAGAUCGAUCGUGUCUCGAUUGUGAUUGGUUCGCGAGUCAGAAGUUACGUGCUUUCGCGUCAGCGAAGUUUCAUGUGUGAUGACAAGGAAGAUGGGAAAAACGGUGGUGAGGACGUAGCGGGAUGAAGGGAGGAGCGGAACGAGAAAACAGGAGGAGGAGCAAGCGAAGGAGGCUUUUCGUCGAAAACGUGAUAGUAGAAGAACUCCGUAGAACGAUGUAUGAAAAUAGCAAGAUGAAGAGAAUGAAAGAGAAAAAGAAAAAGAGAGAGAGAGAGAGAGAGAGAGAGAUAGAGAGUGUGUGUGUGUGUGUGAUUGAUUAUUUCACCAUCGCGUGAUGAACGUGCGCAUGAGCAGGGGAUUGUGAUUUUAGCUAAAGAUAUACAUAUACUUUUUGGCCAUUGUCGGGCGCGUUUGUCGCGCGCAUCGAGACAUUUUCGACGCGGUGAUCCGAAAAACAAACACGGAGGAAAAGGGUGAAGGACAUUUAUAAAAAGUGCCUGAUUAGCGAACGCCCUUGUUGAUCCCACGCGCUCUUUCGCGUUCCCCCUCCGACGUUUUUUUUUCUGUCUGUUUGAAGCAAAACGGCGCCGAGAGCCGUUCGUCGAUUGUCUCGUCGUCGCGAGAUAUAACAUUAUCGUCGCGCGCUCUCGCGUAAAAUGUUGCACGUUGCGAAUGCCAGUUCGUUCAAAAUAGUAUAUCUUUUAAACAUUGAUAUAUCCAUUGAUGUAUAAUCUCUUUCCUUCGUGCAGCGUUUCUCUCUCCCUCGGCGCGAUCGAUGACCGUCGUCGUGGUAGUUUCAUUCGGAAGAACGAAAGCCGCUCGCGCGCGCUCGCGUCUCUUUCUUCACCUCUCUUCAGGAAGGCUACCGACAUCCCGUCGUUGCAACUAGGGUGAAGGGAUAUCUACGUAAAGUGGCCUCCGUAUUACACAUUAAGCUGAACCACGGACCACCAGUAAUCGUACUCGUUACUCGUGAAUUUAUUGUGUGAAUGAAUAUUGUUAUAUAUUUGUACAAAUGAGAUAAUAGAGAUUAUCAAUUGCGUGAGCGAACAAAGGGAGGAGGAGGGGGAGGGGUAAUCGCAAGGAUCAAGAGGGGGAGGAGGCGAAAGAAACGACAGCGGUGAUGACAAACAGGAAGAGAGGGACGAGAAGGAGAAGGAGCGAGAAGGAAGAGGAGAACGAAGAGAGUAUCGCGUGUCAACUGUCGUUCUCUCACCUCGAACAAAAACUGUGUGUCUCUCGGCUGAUCGGCGCAAUUCGCACACACACACACACACAUACACACAUACACACACACACACACACACGCGCACACACACCUUACAUCCUGGAAAAACCAACAGACUUUUUUUGCUCUCUCGUUGCUACCGCGAUCGCUACUAUAGUUAUCGCUCGCGCGUACGGUGACACGUCAGUCGUCAUCACAUUCCAAUACCUCCCGAACUGACGCAACAACGCAUGCCGUCGAUACUUAUAUACUAUAUACCUUACCUUGCGUUUUGUAAACUGUUUGUUGUUAUUAUUAUUUGAUUGUCUACACCGAUGUUUUGUUUUAAUAUCUCUCACUUUCCUCAUUUGUUUUCUUCUUCAAAUGUUUCUCACACAAUUCUCCGUCGCUCGGUCGUUUUUCUUUUUUUCUUCCCAUUGGGAUCGCACGUGAGAAGAGGAAAAAAACACACUUUUGUAAAAAAAAAAAAA